AUGCCAGUGAUAAACGUGGAGGACCUGACCGAUAAGGACAAAGCUCUGAUGGAGGUGAACCAGCUGAAAACAGAGGUGAAGCUGGAGAGGUGGAAGACGUCCAAAUGUUGUGAGGAGAUGCGUGACUAUAUCCAGGCUCUGGUGGACGAGGACACGCUGGUGAAAGGGAUCUCCGAGGAGAAGAACCCCUUCAAGGAGAAGGGCGGCUGCAUCAUCUGCUGAAG